AUGAAGCUCUCUUUCUCGCUCAAGGGAAAAGAGAGGGCGGCCGACAAUAAACCCGUAGGCGCGGCACCUUCACUCAAACGACCUGCCGCAUUCGCUGCGCUUGACGACGAUGAACCCGACACCCCUGCCUUAGACGCGAAGAAGGCGGCUCCCGGAAAUGCUACGCUCAUUGCCCAGAGUUCCGGCUUAUCCAAGGUAGCCAAGAAGCGUAUGGAGGCUGAGCAGCAGGUCGACUCGACCGUAUUCCAGUACGACGAGGUGUGGGAUAAUAUUCAGAUUGCGAAGGAGAAGCAAAAGGCUUUGAAGCAACAAGAGAACGCGGAUAGGAAGCCUAAACAUAUAGGGAACUUUCUAGCCGCUGCCGAGACGCGCCGUCUUGACAGGCUACGUGCAGAAGAGAAGAUGAUCCAACGCGAGCGCGAGAAGGAAGGGGACGAGUUUGCGGAUAAGGAGGCUUUCGUCACGCAAGCGUACAAAGAUCAACAAGCCGAAGUACGGCGAGCUGAAGAGGAAGAGAAGAAGCGUGAAGAAGCGGAAAAGAAGAAGAGACCAGGUGUCUCCGGCAUGGCGUACUUCUAUAGUAAAAUGCUGGAAGAGACCGAGCAGGCUCACGCCGUCGUGGCCGCUUCCGCGGAACCCACGCCAGCACCCGUCCAGACGUCCGCACCAGGCGCCAUCAAAGGCCCUCAUAUUCCUCCGAACUUGACCAUCACACGACCGCCCGAUAUGUCGGAAAAGUCCGACGCAGAGCUUGCACGUCUCGCACAAGAGCAGGGCAAAGCUGUUGAGCUGAAUGACGACAAUCAGAUCGUGGACAAGCGCCAGCUGCUGUCGGCUGGCCUGAAUCUUGCUGCGCCCAAUACUCGUAAACUUGGCUUACGCACAGCAAUGUCGAAGGAUGGGAAGGAUGCGCCUUCCGCGGCGGUCUACACGGGCGUAGGGACAUCAGCUUCGCGAAAGGAAGUUGAUGCACGGCGGCGACGCGAGGUUGAGGAACAGAUCGAGCAGGAGAAGGAGCGUGUGCGGGCAGAGAGGGAGCGGCUGGAGAAAGAACGCACAGCACGCACCGUCGAGCGUCGGAACGACGACAACGCUAUCCAAAGUGCGGCAGAGCGAUAUCGCGAGCGGAAGCGUAGGAAGCUUGAGGCAGACGCUGCGGCGAAGGCCGCGGCUGGUGGAGAGGCUACAUAG